UUUAUUUACAUAUCAUCCUAACUAUUACCAGAUUGCUCCUCGUCGUUUUCUUCUUCCUCGCUCUGUGAAUCAUCCUGUGAUUGUGUUGAAUUAUCAUCGUUCAUAGCUACGAUACCUUCAACUUCGUUGGCGGGAACGAAGUAAGAAAUGAAUUUUAUCAUUCCCGACUUACCAAUUUCAGCGGAUGCCCGUGCGCCGAUAAGGUAAUUGUACUGAUUGUGAGUGUCGUUUUUUGUUCGAUCUAGAUAGCCGUUACGAACAAGCUGUACGAGUGUACGGUCCAAAUCAUGGCGCAAAGGAAUAUGGGUGAGAACAAGAAGAGAUUGAAGAUAUGCCUUCAAAUCGCUCUCAAGAAGAGAGCCUUGUGAGAGUGCAAUUAGGGAGAGUGUAAUAAAGAGAAAAGCAGUUUGUGCGUUUUCGAGUGGCGAUCUUGGAACAGUGAAGUCCUGGUACUCGUCAGGUAAUUCGUUUCGCAGGAUCCAGUAUUUUGUGGUAGAGGCCCUCGCCGUGUUUGUUUUUCGUAAUUGAGACACUUCCAUAAACUUGCUUAAGUCAUUGCUCACAAUUUCGCACAAUUUCAUACCAAAUGUGCUGUUGAGUUUUCUGUUGGCAAGGUCUAUGACCUUGGGGAAAUAUUGACGAGGAGUGUUCGGAAGAAAAGCUUUUUGAAUGAUCUCUCUUCGGCUCAAUGGCUGUCUAGAAGCCUGUGAACAAAUAGCAAGUCGAAUUGUGUUCUUUACCAUUAAGUUCAGAUCGAUUUCGCGGUUUUGAGUAGCAACAGGAGGUUCGUACUCAUCACUACUGUCAUCAGAACGUUGUUGUUGAUUGGAAUUAGAAAGUCUUUGGGAGCGUCUAGGUGGGUGUGACACUUCUUCAUACUCGGAUCCACUUUCAUCUUCAUCAGCAACAAUUUGGGAAGCGGUCAAUCUCCUUGAACGCUGAGAAUUUGAAGAAGAUAAAUCUAUUUCAUCAUUAUCACGACUAUACCGAGUUCGUUUCCGCAUUUUCUCUUCUUAAAUUCCCCAGAUUCUCAAAAUACAGUUAUGGAUAAGGAAAGGCAUCAAGCCAGAAAAAGGUUAGACUCUCGGGACUCGAACACAUUAGCUUUUGGCUGCAUAUUUUUUGGUGGUGAGUUUAGUAAUAGAUUGAUGGUGAUUGGCGGACAGUAGGAUGCCCCGCUGAUGUCUGUUGAUGGUCUGCGACACUGACCCUGCCAGGUUGACCAUAGCCAUGCUUCCUAUAAGAAGUGCCGAUUUGAUUCUGGGAAAAUGUGUGCAUUUUAACGUGUUUCCGAAAGUUUUUAGAAGAUGGAUUUCAGCAGGAGAGUUAAAUACGCUUAAAACCUAUGCUCCAAAGCUUCGUUCCGAGCCGAUUUCAACAAAAAGCUUAAAUGGCAAUGCGAAACUGACGCGUAAAACAUCCGCUAGACGGUUCAAUUUUCCUCGAAAGAAUGUUAUUUCUAUAACUCCUGUUGCUGUAGACAAACUUAAGGAACUGCUGCUUUCUCAAGACAAGCUCUUACGGAUUGGUGUCAAGCAGAAAGGAUGUGCAGGCCAAUCAUACUCUUUCGAAUACGUGGAUCAACCUGACAAGUUUGACGAAAUUGUCGAACAAGACGGUGUUCGUGUGAUCGUUCAAAGACGAGCAUUGCUACAAAUUAUCGGAUCUUCUAUGGAUUUUAAGGAUGAUGAUUUACAGUCACGGUUUGUGUUUAGCAAUCCGAACGUAAAGUCUACUUGUGGAUGUGGUGAAUCUUUUGUUACAAAUAAUCCUUGAAUUGAUUGAGACGAUGAUGACGUGCUGACCCGUCUUCUUUUUUCUUUGGUCUCUUCAACAAAAACGAAGAUUGCCUUCUAUACAACAAGCCUUUGUUCGUGGAAUUAAAACAAAACGACUUUUAAUAAAGUUUGUUUAAUUGGGUGUUUCUCGUUUGAAAGACACUUUCUGCCCGAAUAUCGUUUUGGCUUUCUACAACGGCUUUACGAGCAACGUAGAGUGAUGUUCUCCUUCUCAUUCGUUGUACACUUAUUUAUGACUGUUUCCCUUUUCUCUUGUCCUUCAUUUUUGUCUCCUUUUCUCAAUUGAUUAAUUGUCACUUUUGAAUGCUUUUUGUUUCCAUUCUUUUCAUUACAUAUCUCCUCUUAUGAACUCAUACGGAUUUUUCCACCGCAGCGAGAGGUUUACGAUUUUUAAGAAAGGUGCGGUAUAUCCACCUGUCAAACAUAUUCCCCUAGCAAUUGGUUAGCGGAUCCUAUAAAUGUGUUUGUUUGUGAGUGUUUCUCAAUCUGUACCCAUUGAUAUUUUCUUGUUAUUCCGUGAGACAACCAGAUUCCCCAUGCUCCCAUGUUAUUGGCAAAUUUAAUGUCUGUCAAUAAGCGGUCCCCAAUGAUAGCCAAUUCUUUAGGAUGGCGGGCAUCCGUUUGCUCAAGCAAUGUGGUCAAUGCCUCACGAUAGCCUCCGGGUUUUUGCUGCGUAUGUCGGAUUACUGGGAUUUUGUUUCGUCGCUCAAAUUCUCUUGCCUGUGGAUGUUAGCUUAUCCCCGCAUACGACGCGAACGCAUUCAUCGUUCUUCGCGAUUCUUCAUACGUCGAUGCCUGUUUUGUCCUCUAAUUGUGAUCCAAUAGAAUUGCUAAAUACUACGACAUUUCUGUCGCCAUACUGGGCCUUAAGUUCAUUAAGCUUGCUCAAAUUUUUGUGAUAGAUGUCAAGCUGUUUUGAAAUAGAGAUGCAAUUAUCCUUGUCUAAAACGAUUGCUUUAAUAUUAAUUUGCUGUUUAUAUUUGUCACUUAGAACUCGGCUUAAAUCUUUAGAUAUGGUAGCAAAUGACUCAUAAAUUGCA